CUUCAAGUUGUAUUUCAAGAUGCUUCUUCUAACCUCGUUCAUUCUAUUGCUAUUCCAUCUGUGCAGCUCGCACUCGCAAUCUUUCCAACCAUGUCCCAUUCUCGGUCCACGGUUUCCUCUUCCAAGCGGUCUGGCAAGUGACAAUAUCGUUCAAUCUGCGCUGAAAAAUGUCACUGCCACCCUCGAUGGACUUGUUUCCACCUCCAAUAGCACCUAUGGGACAAUUACUUCCAACACAACUUCUUUCUCCAUCGGUCUAUUUACUUCGAAUGAUCCUUCGAACUAUUCACAUCCAUUCUUUUAUGAGUACCACUACACGGCGCCCCUCAUAUCCAAAACAACACCUGGGACAUCGAAACUUGAUUCGGACAGCAUUUUCCGCAUCGCCACAGUCACAGAAGUCUUUACAGUCUGGGUGUUCCUCAUCGAGGCUGGAGAGGCACAUUGGCCCGACCCGAUCACCAAAUACAUACCAGAACUAGCAAGGGACCAUGGCCAGACCCCUUUUGGACACUUUUCCUGGGACGACGUGACACUUGGUGAUCUGGCGGGACACCUUUCAGGAGUGCCUCGAGAUUAUGGCAUCACCGAUCUGAGCGCGCGGAAUAUUUCACUUCCAAAUCCGCUGAGUGUCACGAAAUGGUCUGGUUGUCUACAGCCAACCUGUACGAGAAAAGAUUUCUUCAAAGACCUACGCGCACGGUAUCCCGUUUAUCUCCCGGGUACAACUCCUAUCAUGUCGAAUACGGCUUUCCAACUGCUCGCCUAUGCCUUGGAGGGUAUCAAGAAGCAGCCAUACGAUGCUAUGUUCAAUCAAACAGCUAAUGCAAUAGGCAUAUCAUCCACUAGCUUGCACCGCCCACUGAAUAGCACAAAUGCUGUGAUCCCGGGGAUAAGUGGGAAUGAGAGCAGCUGGUAUACCGACUUCGGCGAUGAAUCCCCAUCCAUAUCAAUGUACUCUACAAUUGCCGAUAUGUCAAGAGCAGGAAUAGCAAUGCUCAAUUCUACGUUGAAUCCAUCUGCUGUGACACGGAGGUGGCUCAAACCAAUUGCACACACAUCGAACCUAGUCAAUGACGCCGGCCGCCCUUGGAUUAUCUACAAAUCAACCCAGGACCAGAGCCCCAUCAAUCCUGUCAUCGAUAUCUACACGAGUUAUGGCUCAGUGGGUCUAUAUAGCUCAUAUUUCGGGCUCGUGCCCGAUUAUAAUGUCGGCUUCGUCAUCCUCGCAGCAGAUGAAGUGGCUGCAGCUGAUCUCAAUGUCUAUGUCGAUAUUGUCGCCGAUAAACUCCUACCAGGACUUGAGAAAGCGGCAAUUAGCCAGGCAGGGCAUAGGUACUCUGGAGAGUACAGGUCAACCCAACCAAUCGCAUCUCUGAUCAUCGAAGAUCCGGACGACAUGCCUGGCUUGUCCUUAUCCAAUUUCACGGUGGGGUCAACAGACAUUCGCGAAGAAUUUGCAAGGCUCGCGGGAAUUUCUCCAUCAGCGCUGAGUAUCAGACUUUACCCAACGGAUUUAAUUGAAAGAAACGCGUCCGGAGGGACCAAGAUUGCCUUCCGGGCAGUUUUUCAGGACCAAGAUGCACCCAUUGACGCUGGAACCCCUACGUGCAUCACCUGGCUGAGUGUCGAUGCACUGAACUACAAUGGCAAACCUCUGGAUUUGUUCAUUUUCAGUUUCACCGAGGGACAAACAAGCGUCGAGAUUCCAGCACUCAAUCUGGAAAUAACAAAAGGUGGCUAGAUGGAGAGCAGCGCCAUCAGCCUCGUGGAGAGCCC